AUGGAACCUGAUGACUUUGAUUCUGAAGACAAAGACAUGUCAAACUGGGACAUUAAUGAUAUGAAAUUGCCACAGAAUGUGAACAAGACCGACGUGUUCCAGGAGUGGCCUGAUUCCUAUGCCAAGCACGUGUAUAGCUCAGAGGACAAGAACGCGCAGCGCCACCUGAGCAGCUGGGCCAUGCGCAACACCAACAAUCACAACUCCCGCAUCCUCAAGAAAUCCUGCUUGGGCGUGGUGGUGUGCGGCCUCGACUGCUCCAUGCAGGAGGGACGCAAGAUCUACCUGAGGCCUGCCAUCUGUGACAAAGCCCGGCAGAAGCAGCAGCGGAAACGCUGUCCCAACUGUGACGGACCUCUGAAGCUAAUUCCUUGCCGAGGCCAUGGGGGUUUCCCAGUCACCAACUUUUGGAGACAUGAUGGACACUUUAUAUUUUUCCAGUCAAAGGGAGAACACGAUCACCCCAAACCAGAAACCAAGCUGGAAUCCGAGGCAAGAAGAGCCAUGAAGAAAGCACACGCAGCAUCUUCCUCUGUCACCCCAAACCUGAAAGAGAGCCCGAAGAAAAAGUCUCUUCCAGGUGAGACACAAAGCCAGAGCAGUUUACCUUUAACUUGGUCUUUCCAGGAAGGCUGCCAAUUGCCUGGUAGUUAUAGUGGACAUUUAAUAGCUAACGCUCCCCAGCAGAAGUCGCUGAAUGAUUGCUUAUCCUUCUCCAAGAGUUAUGGCUCGGGGGGAACCACCGACAUGGCUGACCACACUUCCAGGCUGGACCCCACUAAGCUCUAUGAGAAAUGCAAAUUGCCUGAUGGUAGGGCCUACAGCGGAGACCUGCUUCAGCCCUCUGCCUCCAGAGCCUACUCGGAUUACAACGAUCUGCAGACAUGGAGUAAAAAUGAGGCUUUGGGGAAAAAUUCUCUUAAUGAAAACUGCUAUUCCAAUUAUACUUUUCCUCUGACCGGCUGGCCUUGCAACUUCACUCCUUCCCAGAACUCUUCAGAACCGUUUUUCCAGCAGAUUCCAUUGGAACCACCUGCAGCCAAAACUGGCUGUCACCCACUAUGGCCGAAUCCAGGGGGUAAUUUUUAUGAUGAGAAGGUGCACAUGGAUUUUAACAGCUACAUCCAGUCCCCUCCAUACCACGCCCCUCAGGAAGACCCCUUUCUCCUCACCUGCACCUCUCAAACCCACCAGCAGUAUUCACUGCCGAGCAAGGGCGGCAAGUGGGAUUUUGAAGAAGACGUGUCGUGCAUGGGUCUGGAUCACUGCAACAACGAGAUGCUCCUCAAUCUCUGUCCCUUAAGAUGA